GGGCCGGGCCGGGCCGGGCCGGGCCGGGAGGCCGCUCCCCGUCCCUCUCGGCGGCGAUUUCAAGCGGCGGCCUUGAGGCAGGGCUAAGAUGGCGGCGCGCGGGGCAGGAUGAGGGGCGGCCGGCAGCGAACUCUGCCUCAGGUGUGGCGGGCGGCCGGCGGCGGAGCCGAGCUCAGGGACGCGGGCCGCGAAAGCGAUGAUGAACUGCUGCUGGCGGCCGCGGCCGCGGCAGACCCCGGCCCGGUGCAGGGCUUCAGCGAGGCGGCGGGCUCCAUCUGGAUCUACCCCACCAACCUGCCGGUGCGCCCGUACCAGGAGCGCAUGGCCGGGGCCGCGCUGCUGGCCAACACCCUCGUGUGCCUGCCCACCGGGCUGGGCAAGACUUUCGUGGCCGCCGUGGUCAUGUACAACUUCUACCGCUGGUUCCCCUCGGGGAAGGUGCUGUUCCUCGCCCCCACGAAGCCGCUGGUGGCUCAGCAGAUGGAGGCGUGCGGCCGCGUCAUGGGCAUCCCGGGCCGGGACAUGGCCGAGAUGACAGGAGGAACCCAGGCUCUGGGCCGCCGGGAGCUGUGGAGUACCAAGAGAGUGUUUUUCCUCACACCUCAGAUCAUGGUCAAUGACCUCUCUCGUGGGACCUGUCCCGCUGUGGAGAUCAAAUGUCUGGUUAUUGAUGAAGCCCACAAAGCCCUUGGCAAUCAUGCCUACUGCCAGGUUGUGAGGGAACUGAGCAAAUACACAAAGCAAUUCCGGGUCCUGGCCCUGAGUGCCACCCCAGGCAGUGACACCAAGGCUGUGCAACAAGUUAUCUCCAACUUGCUGAUUGCUCAGAUAGAGAUGUGUGCUGAAGAUUCCCCAGAAAUUCUGCCUUAUUCUCACGAGAGACAAGUGGAAAAAAUUGUAGUUCCACUUGGGGAAGAACUGGUAGAAAUUCAGAACACUUACAUCAGGGUGCUGGAAGCGUUUGCUGGGCGCCUGAUUAAGGUGGGAGUUUUAUCCAGGAGGGAUAUUCCCAACCUGACCAAGUACCAGAUCAUCCUGGCAAGGGAUCAGUACAGGAAGAACCCCUCUGCACAACAUGCAGGAAUCCAUCAAGGCAUCAUUGAAGGAGACUUUGCCCUUUGUAUCAGUCUGUACCACGGGUACGAGCUGCUGCUGCAGAUGGGAAUCCGCUCCUUGUUCAUCUACCUGGGGGGAAUCAUGGAUGGAUCCAAAGGCUUGUCCCGCACCAGGAGUGAGCUGGGGCGCAGUGAGGACUUCAUGAAACUCUACCUGCAGCUCCAGGACAUGUUCUCAGACACUGCUGUGACUCCUGACAAUGGAAGUGUUUGCAAGAGCACAACAGCGUUGGGAAAGAAAAAGGGAUUUGUCUACAGCCACCCAAAAUUAAAGAAAUUGGAGGAAAUCAUAGUAGAACACUUCAAAUCCUGGAAACAGAGAUGUCCUGCAGGUGAAGCCAAGAGUGAAAGCUCAGCUGGGGACACGAGGGUGAUGAUCUUCUCCUCGUUCCGGGACAGCGUGCAGGAAAUUGCAGAGAUGCUGGCACGGCUCAGCCCGGCCGUGCGUGCCAUGACCUUCGUGGGACACUCCUCAGGGAAGGGCAGCAAAGGCUUCACCCAGAAGGAGCAGCUGGAGGUGGUGAGGAGGUUCCGGGAGGGUGGGUACAACACUCUGGUGUCCACGUGCGUGGGCGAGGAGGGGCUGGACAUCGGCGAGGUGGAUCUGAUCGUGUGCCUGGACGCCCAGCGCAGCCCCGUGCGCCUGGUGCAGCGCAUGGGCCGCACCGGCCGCCGGCGCCGCGGCCGCAUCGUCCUCAUCCUCACCCAGGGCCGGGAGGAGAGGAUGUACAACCAAAGCCAGUGUAACAAAAGGAACAUCAACAAAGCCAUUUCGGGGAACAAAACCCUUCGUUUCUACCAGCACAGCCCACGGAUGGUUCCAGAAGGCAUCAAUCCCAAAGUGCACAAGAUGUUUAUCACUGCUGAAAAACAGGAUCCAAGCACCUCAAGGAUGCUUUCCAAAGAGAGGAGAGGCAGUUCCCUGCAGCACAAAUCUGCUCUCUUUGCCUGUGUCACUGGCCAAAAGCAAUUGAACUCCCAUGAGAGCUGGUCCUUGUCACCUGAGGAGUUUGAAAAAUGGGACAGACACUACAGGAUUAAGGAAAGUGAUGGGAUAAAGGAGCCAGUAUUGCCCCGAGUUCAGUUUGAAACCUUGGAGAACCUGGAAGAAGCAUCAAAGCCCAAGGAGGGGGCAGUUCGGGAGCUCUCCUUGUCCGAGUGGAGAAUUUGGCAGAAUCAACCUCUUCCCACAUCCCUGGUGGAUCACUCGGAUCGUUGUCACCUCUUCAUCAGUGCCAUGCAAAUGAUGGAGCUGAUGAGGCACCAGCAGGGAGACUGCAGCUAUGAGCAGGAGCUCCAGCCUCACCUACGGAUGGAAGAUGUGAAUAUUCCAGGGAACAAAAGGCAUCUCUGCACGGCCAACCCCCUCUGGAAGCAGAGAGCUCGCUGCUCCAGGAAAGACCUGGCAAAAUCAAAGCCAAAACCAUUCCCAGCUGAAUUGGAUGAUAAUGGGAGUGAGUUCUUUAGCACCUUCAAAAUAACCAAAGCCAAGGCUCCCAGAAGAGCUCGUGGAGUCAGUGAGGAAGUGCCUGUGUCAGCUCAGGAUCCUUCAGCCCCUCCCUCAGGAGCAAGGCUUGCUGUGGCUGGACACUCUGACCCGGGCAGUGACGAGGACGAAGGGCUGGAGGUGACAUUUGACCUAAAUGCAUUUAUUGACCUGUGUGACACCAGUGACAGCCCUGAAAGCCCUGCCAGUCCAGCAGCGCAGGAAACCAGCCCUGCAGGGAAAUCCUGUGGGAGGAUCUGUGGGGAUUCAGGGUACGAGACAUCCCCCGUGGCCUCCGACCUGUUUUAUCUCCCCGAAUCCUGCAGGGAUUCCUUCACACUCCUGCCACCGCCCCAGGAGCCCCCGGGGCUGGAACAAGCACUUUCCCGGGUGCAAAGGCUUUUGUCACAGUCCCCUCCCUCUGGGGAUGAUCUGCAGGGUUUGGAGAGCAUGAUGAGGGAUGAAGGAACAAGAUCUCCUUCCCCAAAAGUUCUCCCCAAUGGUCACUCAGAGGCACUGCAGGACAGCGUCUCCCCUGCAUCCCCAAAAACUGAUCCUUCACUGCUGCUCCUGGAAAACCCCAAAGUGACAGUUCCCAGGGAGUCCUGUGCCUCAAGAAGUCCCUGUUUGUCCAAAACUGUGUCAUCUACCAAGGCUGCUGCUGUUGAAGAGGAGCAGCUCUGGAAUGACAGCUUUGAUGGCCUGUUUGACAGCGAGGAAUUCCCUGAAAUCCCAAACAGCGCUCCCAGCACGAGCCACCCGCUGACAAACUGCCCUUCAAAGGAGCCUUUCGUCCCCAAGGACACUGCAGAGGCUGCCCUUGAAGUUCCUGGUGAGGAGCAGAGUCUCUAUUUGUUUGAGGAUGAGGCUGGUGAGGACAUGGGCGAGGGCAGCCCCACGAGCACUGAGCCUCCAGCUGGGACAGGGAGGGAGCCAGGCAGGGAAUCGUCCUGUGUGAGAAUUCCCAGGGAAUCCAUGGGAACACCAGGAGUGCACGAUCUCUACGACUGCUCCCAGGACCUGUUCUCUGUCACCUUCGACCUGGGCUUCUCCAUCGGGGACAGCGGGGACGAAAGCUCGGAGGGGAGCAGGAAUGCUGAUAGCCCCAAAGCGAACGGGGCCCUGGGGAGUGCCCCGGGGGCUGAAUCCACUGAGGGUGCAAAAAUAUCCCUGGGUGAUGGCUCCAGGCUGGAAACCUCUCCAGGAUGGGACUGCAGAAGGCUGGAGAGAGGGGACACGUCCACAGCGUUGUCCUUGCAGAGCAGGGGCAGGAGUGGCAGGGAAGGGAGGGAGGAUGCUCCUGCUGCGGGGUCUGUCCUCAGGUCAGGGGGCAGCAGAACAGGAAUGGAACCCCCUGAACCUUUGCCUUCAGCACUUCCCACCCCUACAAGCAGGAAGGGUGUGAACAUCAAAGCUGUCAGAAGAAUUCCUAUGAAAGUCUUCUCCAAUGCCAGGGAGCAAAUUCCAAAAGUGUCUCCUGUAGAUGUAACCAAAGAAAGCCCAUGGGGGCAGAACUUUGGGAGAUCAGCCAUGGGCUGCCCUUCAGGAAGGACAGAAAACCUGGAAAACACCAAACCCCGUGGAUCCUGUGGGUCUCCUGCUGCAGGACCCAGCAGUGACAGCGAGGAAGAGAUCGUUUUCCAGAGAAAAAACAGGAUAAAAAAGAAUGUUUUGAAGUCUCCUGAUGGGAUGGAUGAGAGUGACCUGGAGUCUCCAGCUCGAGUCCCCAGGAAACGCCGGCGCCCUCUCAGCGUGUCAGACACAUCCAGUGAGGACAGUGGGGACUUCCAGAGGGACAGGAGCAGCUCCAGAGCCAGGGCCAGGCCCCAGGCAGGAGGAGCCAAGCGGCAGCGCCUCAGGAGUGCUGGCACAGCCAAGGCUGCAGGCAGGCAGUUCCUGGACGAGGAGGCCGAGCUGUCCCAGCUGGAUGCUGAGGGGAUCUCGUCAGAUGAGAGCGACAGCGCCGGGGAGGAGCUGAGCCCAUCCCUGGCCCAGUUCCUCAAUGAUGAGGGGGAGCCCACAGAGGCCCUCAAUGACACUGAGAUGAGGGGAGUUUACCUGAGCUCCGUGCGCAGCCCCGCCCUGGGCAGCAGAUACAGAAUGGUCCAUCGGGAAUUCAACCCCUCGGCCAUUUUCUCCCAGAUUCCUGAACAAGAUUCAGCUUAUGCUGAGGACAGUUUCUGUGUGGGAGAUGAGGAGGAGGAGGAGGCUCAGAGCGGCUGCAGUGAGGAGGAAGAGUGUGUGAAUUUGGAUCUGCUCAUGGAGGGUCCCAGCAGCAGGAGCCGGUACCUGACCCGGCGCAGGAGGAGGCUGGAGCAGGCCAGGCUGGGAGGGAACGCUCCUGCCCCGGGGCAGAGGAGGAAACCAUCCCGAAUUGUUGUCCUGAGUGACUCCAGCGAGGAGGAGCCAGGAGCCAGCAGGGAGAAGCCCCUGGCAGCGGGGCAGGGAAAGGGGCAGCUCCCCAAGGCCCUGCCCUCAGCCCCCUCUGCACAGCCAAGGAGCAGGGCUGGGGGAACCACAGCUCCUCAGGCUGGGGGGCAGGACACACAGAGGCUGCUGGGCUUGGAAACUUCAGAGUCUGGGGUGCUGGAUGUUCCCCAGGAGCAUCCAGGCAGGAGCACAUCCAUCCCCCCAGCUGGAUCUGGCUGCAGGAGCAUGGAUCUGCAGGCUGCUGGUCAGAUGUUCAGCUCUUUGAAGAAGACCCACGGGAGCAGCUCAGGCUCAGACCAUCCUGCAGUCCCAAACCCUUCCUCAGCCCAGGCUGGGAAUUCCCGAGUUCCUGGGGAGCAGAGCCCUUCCCUGGCUGGGAAUUCCCGAAGCCCUUCCCUGGCUGGGAAUUCCCGAGUUCCUGGGGAGCAGAGCCCUUCCCUGUGCAUCCUGGCGGACAGCCGGGAGAUCAGCUCGGGGCUGGAGGUGAUCUCGUGCCUGCGGGCCGUGCACGGGCUCCGGGUGCAGGUUUGCUCCCUGGGCUCCAGCGAUUACAUCGUCAGCAACCGCCUGGGUGUGGACAGGCUGCUCCAGUCCGAGCUGCAGAGCCCCGGGAACAGGAAUAAACUCAGCCAGAGGCUGCAGCGCCUGCAGGGCAUCUUCGAGAGGAUCUGUGUGAUUGUGGAGACAGACAGGGUCAGGUCAGGAGAAAUAUCCCGGCUUUCCCAGAGGACUCAGUACUAUGAUGGAGUGCUCUCAGCCUUGGUCCAGGCUGGAAUAAAGAUCCUCUUCAGCUCCUGCCAGGAGGAAACUGCAGCUUUGCUGAAGGACCUGGCUCUGCUGGAGCACAGGAAGGACGCUGCCAUCCAGGUGCCCACGGAGCCAGAGGGGCACCGGCAGCACAUCCUCAACUUCUACCUGAGCAUUCCCAACCUCAGCUACGGAGCUGCCCUCAACCUCUGCCACUCCUUCGGCUCCAUCGCAGCCGUGGCCAACAGCUCGGUGCCGGCGCUGGCGGCGGGGGCGCGGCUGAGCCGACCCCAGGCCGAGGAGCUCCAUCGGUUCCUGCGCCACGACUUCGACCUCCAGCUGCUGCCUCAGCCGCUGCCCGCCAAGGGCAAGAGCUGAGCUCGGCACUGCGGGCCCUG